AUGGAUGGGAGAAGUGUUUGGCACGAAGAUGCUGAGACAAGCGUGUCUCUCCCUCCAAAGCGACAAAAGACUUUUCACUAUGACAGUUCGCCCACACCACGACACGAUCUUUACACUAUUGCCUGGAUCUGCGCGCUGCAUAUAGAGAUGGCAGCAGCCAGGGCUAUGCUCGAUGAGAUUCACGAGGCCCUGCCCACGUAUGCAGACGACAGCAACACAUAUGUACUGGGAAGCAUCAAUCAGCACAAUGUUGUUAUUGCGUGCUUGCCAGAAGCCCAGUAUGGAACGAACAACGCGGCGAACGUCAUGACGAAUAUGAAGCGAACCUUCUCGGCGAUCCGGGCGGGCUUGAUAGUCGGGAUUGGUGGUUGCGUGCCGAGUAAGGCUGAUGUGCGUUUGGGUGACAUCGUUGUCGGAACAAGAGUGAUGCAGUAUGAUCUUGGGAAAGUCGUUGGAGACGGACAGCUCCAGCGAACAGCAAUCCCUAGGAUUCCUCACCAUGUGCUCGGGACAGCCGUUUCCACGCUCCGUUCGAAACACGAGCUAGGGCCCAGUCGAGUCCCAUCCAUCCUGCGGCAGAAACUAGAAGGAUACCCCGAGUAUGGUCGCCCAAGGUCACCGGACCGCCUCUUUCACGCAACGUAUGAUCAUGAAUCCCCGACGGCUAACUGUGACGGAUGCGACCAGUCAAGGUUGGUUCCACGAAGCAGACGGAUGUCGGACGAUAUAAUGAUUCAUUACGGGGCUAUCGCCUCAGGGAACCAAGUCAUGAGAAGCGGCACUACCCGGGACAAUGUUGCUCGACAACUGGAUGUCAUAUGUUUCGAAAUGGAGGCUGCUGGUCUGAUGGAUAUUCUCCCUUGUCUACCAAUUCGGGGAAUCUGCGACUACUCAGACUCUCACAAGAGCAAGGAAUGGCAGAGGUAUGCCGCAGCAACGGCGGCCGCAUACGCUAGGGAAUUGCUCGAGGAGCUACCGGUGGCUGAAGCUCAUGCAAGAGUUGCCUACAUGCCCAAUCCUCAUCAACGUUCAUCACACGAACGUCGGCAGCGCUUGCUGGGGUUCCUUAAAUUCAAGCAAAUCGAUUCUCGUAAAUCAAGUAUCGAAACCGAACUCGACAAAACAUGUCAAUGGUUUCUCAGCCACCCUGACUACCAUGCAUGGCUUGAUCCCAGAAAAUUGACACAACAUCAUGGCUUUUUGUGGAUCAGUGGCAAGCCCGGUACUGGCAAGUCGACAAUCAUGAAGUUCGCAUACUUGAAAAUGAAGCGCAAAGCCCACCGUAAGCAUGCUAUCACUGCUUCUUUUUUCUUUAACGCUCGAGGCGAAUAUUUAGAAAAGUCGAUCUUAGGGAUGUACCGAUCAUUGCUGCUCCAGCUGCUUGAAGGGUACCCUGAUCUUCAGACAGUUUUAGACGAUCCCGAUCUUAUUUCCCAAAGUCAGAAUGACUGCCCUUCCUUGAAUGUUCUCAAGGACCUCUUUCGCAACGCAGUUUCUGCCCUCGGUCAACGCUCAUUUACCUGCUUCGUCGAUGCUCUCGAUGAGUGUGACGAACAACAAGUUGUAGACAUGGUCCAAUACUUUGAAGAGCUGGCAGAACAAUCCACGAAUAAAGGCGUCCGGCUCCGAAUCUGUUUUUCCAGUCGACAUUAUCCAUACAUCGUCAUUAAGCGGGGAAUACGACUUACACUGGAGGAUCAGCCAGGUCAUGCCGAAGAUUUGGCAACCUACGUUGCAAGCCGCCUCCGAAUCGAAGACCCUGCGCUCGUCGACGAGCUACGACCACAACUUCUCGGGAAAGCUGCUGGCGUUUUUAUGUGGGUCAAAUUAGUUGUCGACAUUCUGAACAAAGAAUGUCGACAAGGUGGACUUGCUCUGAGAAAGAGAAUGGCAGAGAUACCGAGUGAUUUGAGCUUACUGUUCAAGGACAUCCUGAGACGUGACAAUGAGAAUAUGGAGGCUCUCCUGCUUUGCAUCCUAUGGAUUCUCUACGCAAAGCGACCUUUGCAACCGAAGGAGUUCUACCAUGCUCUCUGGUCUGGUUUGUCAGUGAAAGGUCUGGCCGAUGCCCAAGGCCCAGAUGUCACCGUCCCAGAUGUGGAUGACAAGGUUAACAGAUGUGUUAUCAGCUCCUCAAAAGGUCUUGCUGAAAUCACGACAUCUGAGCAGCCCACAGUUCAAUUUAUUCAUGAAUCCGUCCGAGACUUUCUUAUCAAAGACGACGGUCUGCAUGAAUUGUGGCCUGAUCUUGGAUUUGACUGGAGGAGCCCAAGCCAUGAGAAACUCAAACAAUGUUGCAAUUCAUACAUGAAUUAUACCUUGACACGUGCGUCUGUUAUCAAACUGCUGGUAGAGCGAAAAGCCAACCGGCGGACAGUAAUCUCAACAGAGUACCCUUUCUUGGAGUAUGCCAGUCAGCAUGUUCUCUAUCAUGCCAACGCUGCGGCGGAAGCGAUUCCUCAAGACGAGUUUCUAUCUCUUUUCCCCGUCUCCGAAUGGAUUACUAUCAACAAUCUUUUUGAAAAGUACAACAUUCGUAAAUACACCCAGCAUGCAAGUCUCUUCUAUAUUCUCGCAGACAAAGGUUUCUCAGAGCUCAUCCGCACAAAGUGCAAAGAGGAUCCACAUAUUCAUGUUCCUGGGGAGAGAUACGGGUACCCGCUGUUUGCUGCUUUGGCCAACGCUAACAAAGACGCUGUUGCUGCUCUUCUGAACUCGCCUUCGAGCAUGUGUAAAGAAGCCGACAUUACAGAGGGUCUAAACUGCAGGAAAGACUUGAAAGAACACACAAAUCGAACACCGCUAUCCUGGGCUGCGCAGGAUGGUCGGGCAGGCAUAGUCAAGCUGCUUCUCCAAAUGGAAACGACCGUCGAUGACGUGGAUUCGGAGGCCCGAACUCCACUUUCGCGGGCCUCAGAGAAGGGCCACGAGGCAGUGGCAAAGCUGCUUAUUAACAAGGGAGCAGACGUCAACUCCAGAGAUAAUAAUGGAUCGACACCACUCUUGUGGGCAUCAGAUAAUGGCCACGAGGCAGUGGCAAAGCUGCUUAUUAACAAGGGAGCAGAUGUCAACUCCAGAGAUAAUAAUGGAUCGACACCUCUCCUUUGGGCCUCAGAGAAGCACGAGGCAGUGGCAAAGCUGCUUAUUAUUAAGGGAGCAGAUGUCAACUCCAGAGAUAAUAAUGGAUCGGCACCGCUCUUUUGGGCCUCAGGUAAUGGCCAGGAGGCAACGGUAGAGCUGCUUAUUAAAAAUGGAGCAGAUGUUAAUACCAGUGACAAUAAAGGAAGGACACCACUCUUUUGGGCCUCAUGGAAUGGACACGAGGCAGUGGCAAAGCUGCUUAUUGACAAGGGAGCAGAUGUCAACUCCAGAGAUAAUAAUGGAUCGACACCUCUCUUUUGGGCCUCAGAGAAGCACGAGGCAGUGGCAAAGCUGCUUAUUAUCAAGGGAGCAGAUAUUAACACCAGCGACAAUGAAGGAAUGACACCACUCUUAAAAGCCUCAGAGAGUGGCCAGGAGGCAACGGUAGAGCUGCUUAUUAAAAAUGGAGCAGAUGUUAAUACCAGUGACAAUAAAGGAAGGACACCACUCUUUUGGGCCUCAUGGAAUAGCCACAAGGCAGUGGCAAAGCUGCUUAUUAUCAAGGGAGCAGAUAUUAACACCAGCGACAAUGAAGGAAUGACACCACUCUUAAAAGCCUCAGAGAGUGGCCAGGAGGCAGUGGCUAAUCUGCUUAUUGACAAAGGGGCAGAUGUCAACACCAGUGACAACGAAGGAAGGACACCACUCUUUCAGGCCUCAUGGUAUGGCUAUGAGGCAGUGGCAAGACUGCUUAUUAACAAGGGAGCAGAUGUCGACUCCAGAGAUAAUUAUGGAUGGACACCACUCUUUUGGGCUUCACGGAAAGGCGGCGACAAGGCAGUGGUAAAACUGCUUAUUGACAAGGGGGCAGAUGUCAACUCCAGAGAUAAUUAUGGAAGGACACCACUUUUUUGGGCCUCAUGGAAAUUCGGCAACAAGGCAAUGGUGAAACUGCUUAUUGACAAGGGGGCAGAUGUUAACAUCAGUGACAACGAAGGAAGGACACCACUCUUUUGGGCCUCACGGAAAGGCGGCGACCAAACAGUGGCAAAACUGCUUCUGGACAAACUGGCAGACGUCAACACCAGAUAUAGCUAUAGAUAG